CUACCAUUCACUUUCAUUGCACCUUUUUUUCAUGCAAAGUGAAUGGUGACUGAGGCUAUCAUUCUCCCUGACAUCCCCUUCUGUGUGCAACGGAAGUGAGAAAAUCAUAUGGGUUUGGAACAACAUGAGGUCACGAAGAUGACCGACUCGAGUAAUCCCAGGUUCCGUCUUAUGAUUGGCUGGUGCUGCUUGAUGUCUGCAGCUCUAAUUAUAAUGACUGUAAUUCUCGCUACAAAGACCAGUUGCCACAACGAGCACAAUACAAAGAAGACAGCAAACAGAUACAAAGAACACAGUUCAAAAGAAAACGACACCCCUCUUAAAGGCCAAAUGAUAGGUUUCCAGCCUGGCCAUUCUUUCAAAGACUAUAUCCGUCUAAUCAGUGGAGACAUCCAAAAAUCCUGGAUCUGCAGUCCCACCCCUCUGUGUGAGAGCAGCUCACUCUCCCUGAAAAACAACUCAGUGGAAAUUAAAACCAGUGGUUUUUACUACAUCCAUGCCCAAGUUGGCUUCGAACUCAAUCAGCAACACAAUCAAAUGAGGAAGAAGCCCGAGACUAUUACUUUGGUAAAAAAUGGCAAGAUAAAGCUUAGUGAGGUCAAACGCUAUGAAGCAGGAUCUGUGUCAAUGAUACGAAUGGUGCAGCUAAAGAAGGGAGAUAGCAUCAAACUGGAAAUACAGAAUCUAUAUAUAUCUAUGAUCCUAUCUACUGAGGAUUCACACACUUACUGGGAAAUUAUAUUGCUUUACCAUCUAUAA